UUUUCCAAUACACGACGAAAUCAUCAUCUCCUAACGUGUUGCAUGUAGUUUGUAUCGAUCCAGAGUGCAAGUGGUCUGUCCGAGGAGCCCGUGUAGAUGAGAGCGGCUUGUUUCAAGUGCAAAGAUUUGAUAUCAAACAUACGUGUUCAAUUGAUCUUAGACAAGCUAAUAGUCGUCAAGCAUCUGCUUCUCUUAUUGCCGAACUCAUAAAGCAUGAAUAUGAUGACACAUCCAAAAAAGUUUACACACCUCAAAAUAUUAUGGCAGAUAUGCUAAAACUUUAUGGUAUUGUAAUGUCUUAUAAAAAAGCUUGGCAUGCAAGGGAAAUUGCAAUGAAGCUGGUUCGAGGAUCUGACAAGGAGUCUUAUAAUAGGUUGCCGUCUUU